AUGGCAGUGUCGAUUAGCAAGUUCGCGACUUUGACUUUAUUACUAUUAACUGCAGAGUUACGGUGCGGUGUUCAUGCGGUCGAUUAUGGCAAUCAUAUCUCGGUCAGCAAUGGCCAAACCAGUGGCGAAGCGUAUUUCCAGAUGAUCAACGAUUUUGAUCGACUUCCGGUCGAGAGUUCGGGCCAGAUCGGAUCACUAGCGCACGGUGCUGCUGGUGAUCGUCGCAGUGUCGUUGAAUGUGGCGGCGUCUACAAACGGCUACAGAGCGAGAUCCGUUCGCCCGAGUAUCCGGACGCAGGCUACCAGCCAAAUCUGCACUGCGAGUACACGUUCAAGUCUCCGUUCGUGUGCAGCAACCAGUACCACUUCCAGUUCCUGGACUUUGCUCUCGAACCGUCGCGCAAUUGCACCAAGGAUCGGGUCGUCAUAGGCGAGGAGGAAAUUCUGUGUGGCACGGUGAUCGGAUCGAAGCUGUACGAUGCUCCCGGGGGUCUGCUGCGGAUGAAAUUCGUUAGCGAUGCGUGGCGAUCGGAGAGAGGCUUCCGGAUUCUGGUCACCCGGCAACCGUGUGGGGACGAUAACGACGCAGAAGAGUCGUCGACGGCGUACACAGUAUUCAGCACCAUUCAGGUUGCCGACGAAACAGAGCCAAGCGUGGAAGAGUCCACCACGAUGUCGGCGCCCGCUAGCGAUGAGAAGGUACUGAGCAGUCGUCAGGACAUCCCUCCCGAGUUUAAUCCCGGUGGCAACGGGUACUUACCGCCUGUGACCGUACCACCAGCAGCGUACCCUCCGACGGGCUAUCCACCGGCGACGUAUCCUCCCCAGGCAUACCCGUGUCCGGUGCCGCCGUGUCUGUAUCCACCGUGGGGUUGUACUCCACCCAACUAUCCGCCGUUUCCCGCGUUACCUCCACGCCCGGUGCACUGUGAUCCAAGGUAUCAAUCGUGUCCACCAACGUAUCCUAGCUAUCCGUUGUAUCCUCAGCAACCACCACAGUACCCUGGCUGUGUCCCAAAUCAAGGAUGCAUUCCUGGCCAGGUCCCACAGUACCCUCAGUACCCGACCUAUCCAGGAUACCCGUCUACCACCGGAACGGAAGGAACUAACUCGAUCGGUGGCCCACCGCCCGGCUAUGAGCCAGUGAAGACGGAAAUGGGUGCCGAAUUUCCCGAACCAACCACAGAGCGUACCCCCGAGCCUCCCGAGAGCCAAGUGUCGUUCGUUCCCGGACCGGGACACGCUUGCUGCCGGAACACGUUCAGCCAGCGUCGGUUCUAUCUGUCGAGCGCCAACUUUCCCUCCCAGUACACCAACAACCAGGACUGCGUGGUACAGAUACAGCGCUACUCGCCAGCCACCUGCCGGUUGGUGGUCAACUUCAAGUUCUUCGCCCUCGGUAACGACCAAGUUCCAGCCUGCCCCGGCGGAUUUGUGGAGAUCGAUGGACGACGUAUCUGCGGGUGCCACACGGGCCAAACCUACCGGACCAGUGACUUUGGACCGUACCAGCAUAAAACCAUUCGCGUCCACACUGACGCCGGCCGAUUCCCGGUGGUGCAGGGCUUCGUGCUCGAAGUCUUCCAGGAAGAGUGUUCACCGCGAGUCCCGCUAAAGCGCAGCGACGACACGGAUCGGUUAGUCCAGCGGCACGUGCAAUGGCCACCGGCAGCGCGGAACGGGCUCGACUAUGAAAUGGUUCGCGUCGAAGGAAAGCAACUUCGCGGGCCACUCAAAGCGAUUCGCACCACGAACACUACCACCACCCAGGAGACUACGCACCAGUAUUAUUACUACAACGGGGAUGAUGCUCAACCGGUGCAACUGGCGAGGGAACCGUUGCCGGUUGGGGCCGAAACACUCCUGCGGCCGGUACACUACUACCCGGGAUCGGACUAUGGGGAGAAGUUUGCUCAACCCAUCGCCGCCCAGCAGCAGAGCGCAAACCGAUGUGUCUUCACGACGGCCGAUUGGUUGCGCCUUAAACUCGACUGGUUGUGGAUCUUCAAGCCAGUUUGCUUAGCCUAG